AUGCCGUCCCCACGGCGCUUGCGUCUCCUGUGCAUCGUCGCCGUUGCCGUUCUUUUCACUCUUCUCUUCACAUCCCGCCUCCGCCAGGCCAGCGAUACCGAUGCAAACUCUAUUCAGGGGCUUUACCACAAGACUAGGACCGCCAUCGACAGAGCCCGCGCUGAUGGGCAAGCCGCCUUGCAGAGAUCUAAAAAUGGAGCAGCCAAGGGGCAUCUAACUUUGGACAAGGAUGCCGACGGUGAUAUUGAUCAAGACGACGAGGUUUUUGCCCAAGAAAUGUCAGACCGCCUGAGGGCCGCCGAGCAAAAAGCCAAAGAUUUAGCAAACUCCAAGUCGCCCAACAAGCCCGACGCACCCAGACACAUUGUCGGUGUCGGCAGCUCCGCGGGUGGCCAGACUGCAAAGAAGAAGACAACCAAGCCGGCACUGGCCGAGGCGGAAGCAGAUGAGAAGUCAAUGGUGGCGACGAGCGAGGACAAGGAAGCCAAGGCAGAGCUCGACACAAUACUUCGAAAAUCCCCAGUUGUCAUCUUUUCGAAAUCAUACUGUCCGUACUCCAAGCGAGCCAAGGGCAUACUGUUGGAAAAGUACAGCAUACAGCCAGCCCCGUACGUCGUCGAAUUGGACCAGCACCCCCUCGGCCCACAAAUCCAGCAGAUGCUGGGUGACAUGACCAACCGGAAAACCGUGCCCAACAUUCUCGUCAACGGCAAGUCCAUCGGCGGUGGAGAUGAGAUUACCGAGCUCGACGCCUCCCAGAAGCUUAUAACGACUGUCAAUUUUUACGGCGACAAGCACAUUACAAUGAAGGAGCGCUUUCCCGAAAAGGAGGCUGCGGCAUGA